UAUUGAUUGUUGGAGGAGAAUUAAACCAACUUAAAAAUAGAGGGAGUCACCCAUCUCUUAGACUAGCUUUUGGAGUCUAUGUAUAUGGAAGAAGUUCCUAUUCUAUUAUCAUUGGAUGCACUCCUCUUACUGUUUGUUUUUGUUUGAUCGGAUUUGGUAAACCUGCCCACGCCCCUAUAAAAGAACCCAAGUGCACUUCAUGUAGAUUCAGAUCGACCAUACAUACACUAGAGCAAACAAGCAAUCAAGCCCCAGAACUCACCUACUAGCUUAGCUGCUAUAGCCAUCAUGAAGGUGGACAGGGACCUUCGCAUGGCCAGGGACCUUCGCAUGGCCACAGGCGACGGGGCGAGCAGCUACGCAGCCAAUUCCAGGCUCCAGAAGAAGGCACUGCAGAAGACCAAGCCAGUGCUUCAGAAGGCCAUACAAGACCUCUACCACAAGUUGCUCUCCCGUCCGGGCACAUUGGUCGUCGCCGACCUCGGCUGCUCGUCGGGGCCCAACACGCUGCUCGUCGUCGACGAGGUGAUGACCACACUCCGGGACUGCGCCCGCGAGGAGGAGAAGGAGGCGGAGGACCGGCGGCGCGCCAUGCAAGUGCAGUUCUUCCUGAACGAUCUGCCCGGAAACGACUUCAACCUCAUCUUCCGGUCGCUGCAGCAGCUGCAGGACUUGGGCGCGGAGGAGGAAGACGAAGCGGUGGCGCUGCCUUGCUACGUUGCCGGGCUUCCGGGCUCCUUCUACACGAGGCUUUUCCCGGGCCAAAGCGUCCAUCUCUUCCACUCGUCCUACAGCCUCAUGUGGCGUUCCAAGGUGCCUGAGAAACUCUCAAAUGGAACCUAUGUGAAUGAAGCAAACAUUUACAUUGGGAAGACUACUACUCCACCGACUGUGGUAAAAUUGUUCCAAGAACAAUUUCAGAAGGACUUCAAGUUGUUCCUCACAUUGCGGUACAAGGAACUUGUUGGUGGUGGCCGUAUGCUGCUGACAUUUCUUGGCCGAAAGACUGAAGAAAUGUUGAUGCACGGUGAAGUGGGCAGCAUGUGGGAAUUGCUUGCCAAAGCUCUCCAGUCUUUGGUCCAAAAGGGUCUGGUGGAAAAGGAGAAGCUGAACUCCUUUAACCUUCCAUUCUAUGCACCAUCCGUGGGUGAAGUAAAGGCGCUGAUUGAGAAGCAGAACCUCUUUGACAUCGAACACAUAGGACUCUUUGAGUCCAACUGGGAUCCACUUGAUGACUCAGACAGUGAUGUGGUGCUGGAUUGUGCUAGCAGUGGCAGAAAUGUCGCCAAUAAAAGCAUAAGGGCAGUGAUGGAGCCUCUGAUCAUCGAACACUUCGGUGAGGCCAUACUUGACGAACUGUUCAUGGUGUUUGCCUCCAUGGUUGCAGAACACCUCGAAAUAAAGAAGGCCAAGUACCCUGUCAUUGUUGUCUCCUUGAAGAAGGCCAUGCAUUGAAUUGAAGUAGUAUAUGACGUGGUGGUACGGUUGCAUAUACACACUCAAUGCUAAUCUUUGAGCACCUGUACGCUUCAUGAAUAAACCAAAUUUGUACUUCUAUUAUCCAAAUGAGACGAAAGUUGACACAUUUUGUUGGAAAGCGCAUAAGGUCCAAAUGCGUUGAAGAACA